GAUGUGUAUUUUUUGUACACAGCUGUACUGUACUGUAUGGACGCCGAGAACAAGUCAACCGCAGUCUAACCGUGAUUUCAGCCGGUGUUUUAAAGUUUCAGCUCAGAGUCGCGUUGACCUAGCUAGCUUUAGCUAACUUAAUAGCUGUCGGGUAACUGAGCUGAAUUCCCUCAGCAGUGUUCGUGAUUGUAAGCUGUCAUGUUGACCGUGUUUUCCCUCCAGUCGACCGCCCUGAGGCUCUCCUAGCUGGGGUGGAUAUACAUGGGGAACCGUGUCACUAGAGGAUGGAGAGUUUAACCUGGGAUCAUCAUGGCUGCUAUGACGGUGUGGCGUUGCACCAGCGGCCGCUUGCUUGGAGGAUGGGGCCCGCUGCUAUGUGUCCUCCUCGGCUCUCUGGUGGCCGUCCUGAUGCCCCUGGUGGGGGUGGAGGACGAGUGCUGCGCCGCCCUGAAGGGCUUCGCUCAGCUCCGCUGCCAGCUGUGGGGAAGCUCCCAUCCUCCUCCAGCUGUGCAGUCCACCAGCCUUACUGUCCCGUUUACUGCCCUUGAUGUGCUGCCUCUGAGGUCCAAGCCGAGCAAAGAGAUGAAGCUGGAGGCCAAAGCGGCGCUGCAGCAGGCUCUGGAGAUGAAGAAACUGGGGAAGAUAGAGAAGGCUCACAAGUUGCUGGUGCAUGCACUCAGCAUGAAUCCAGACUUUGUGGACGCCCUAACAGAACUGGGGACCAUUCUGGAGGAGGAGAAGAAGGAUGUCGUCCAGGCAGACCACCUCUACACCAAGGCCUUGGCCAUCUCACCUUGUAAUGAGAGAGCUCUGGUCAGCCGGGACCGAACUCUUCCCCUGGUGGAAGAGAUUGACCAGCGUUACUUUGGCAUCAUUGACAGUAAAGUGCGCCGGCUUAUGUCCAUUCCUAAAGGCAACUCUGCACUCCGCCGGGUGAUGGAGGAAACCUAUUACCAUCACAUCUACCACACUGUGGCAAUUGAAGGCAGCACGCUCACUCUGUCUGAGAUCCGUCACAUCAUCGAGACCCGCUACGCCGUCCCUGGGAAGAGCCUACAGGAGCAGAACGAAGCCAUUGGUGUGGAUGUAGCCAUGAAGUUCAUCAACACCACGCUGCUGUCCAGAUCAGGAACCAUAACUGUCAGUGACAUCCUGGAGAUUCACCGACGGGUGCUUGGCUAUGUGGACCCUGUAGAGGGAGGGAGGUUGCGCACCAACCAGGUGUUUGUGGGCCACCACAUCCCCCCACACCCUCAGGACCUGCAGAGGCACAUGCAGGAGUUGGUCCAGUGGCUCAACUCUGAGGAGGCCCUGCAGCUGCACCCUGUGGAGUACGCAGCUCUGGCCCACUACAAGCUGGUGUAUGUGCACCCGUUUGUGGACGGCAAUGGACGCACGUCUCGACUGCUCAUGAACCUUGUGCUCAUGCAAGCGAGAUACCCACCAAUCACUAUUCGCAAAGAACAAAGGGCUGAGUAUUAUGCAGCUCUGGACACAGCCAAUGAGGGUGAUGUACGGCCCUUUAUUCGCUUUAUAGCCAAAUGUACAGAGAUGACAUUGGACACAUUGUUGAUUUCUACAACUGAGUAUGCUGUGGGGCUGCCGGGAGCCAGCCAGGACCACGCCUGUACCGACUGCAAACAGACCAUCCCAAUUCACUGAGCUGGAGACGGGAGGAGAGUCUGAGAGUUCUUAAAAAACAAUCUUACCAUAGAAUGUGUUGCCUUCUCGUUUGGUCAUUUCCCACCAGUAUCACCCCUUGCUUCGGUCUGGGUUCUAGACCUGCUGAAUUCAUCACAACUGUUUCAGGAUGUUGAGUUGAAAUCUGAUUUUGCCAUUUGAGGGUUGCUUUCAAUUAAAAGAAAUCCGUUCCCCACCUUUAGUUUAUGACCAGUUCCCAUAGGAGUGUAAACGAAUUUUAUUUUCCAUCACAAUACAAUCUGAAUUUUGACCUCUGGUGGUGUGACAAGGAAAGUUUUCUAAUCUUGUUGCUUGACUUGAGACGCUUCAGCGCAGAUGUGUGGUGAACAUUUAGUUAAUUAUCUUUGGGAUUAAGGUGAUGUCUCUUAACACUGUAAAGCACUUUCAUGUAUUUGAUUAUUUAUUUCAUUUUAAAAUAAAAGUGUUCUAUUGACUUCCA